AUGGAAAAGGCGUUUGAUCGUGUCCCAAGGGAUACGAUCUGGUGGAGCCUUCGUAAGAAAAAUGUCCCCGAACACUACGUUAACAUCAUUGCCGACAUGUACAGAGAUGCGAGGUCAAUGGUUCGGACGGUGGUGGGUGAGACCAAGUCGAUAGCGGUCACAGGAGUGCACCAAGGUUCUGUAUUGAGCCCUUUUCUGUUUUGUUUGGUUCUGGACUCACUCACUGAAGCGGCACAGAAUUCAACAACGUGGACAUUUAUAUACGCUGACGACGUAGCCAUCUGCACAGAAAGCCGCGCUCACUUGCAAGAGGCACUCGUGUCGUGGAAACAUCAGUUACAGACCGGUGGCCUUGUGCUGAGUGUGGCAAAGACUCAGUUCAUGUCCUUCAACGACCCAGAUACAAACAACAGUCCGAUUUCCAUCGAUGGACAAUUGGUCAAAUCGUGUGAUCAAUACAAGUAUCUGGGUAGUAUGAUGAGCUGA